AUGGGCUCCUUCGCAGAAGAUGCCAUCGCGAUCCCCCUGACGGAGGAUCGCCAGCUCGUCCAGCUGCAGCAGACCAUCCCCGGCCACCCUGACAUCACCAUCGACAACUCCGCGGCCGUGAGGAACUUCCUCAUCCGGGAGCUCUCCACCGCGAGGCUGAGGCGCUUGUACCCGAUGCUCUUCAUGGUCUCGAACCGGCGGAACAUCAGCCCCUUGCACCACCAGCUCCUCAACGGUCGCAGCAUCUGCAUCACGGAGCGCCCAGACCUGCACCUGGUGUGGUACUACAACCGCAUCUUCGUCAAGCCGGUCCCAAAGCCCCUCUUCAGCUACCACUUCUGGAGGGACGCCGUCCGCCAGGCGCAGGACACGGACGGCCACCGGCUCAUGCUCGACGCCCUUGGCUUCCUUCGGACCUACUCGAUGCUCAUCGUCCACGAGUCCGACUUCAACCUCGCCGUGCAGCACAAGCUCCUGCCGCACUUCGUCGACUGGGAGGGCUGGUGCUUCUUCAUCCAGGGCUUCACCCCUCUGCGGGACCAGGCCGUCUCCCGGCGAUACCACUACGGCGAGAUCCGCCUCACGCGGCUCAACCUCUUCCACCGCAUCAUGACCAUGUCCUCGUAUCAGAAGGUCCAUCACAACUACGCCACCUUCUUCGCCCGCUUCGGGGCCCCUUACCUCUUCGUCUUCGGCGCGGCCACGGUCGUGCUGACGGCGUUGCAGACGGGGCUGGACGCCUUUCCCGACCACGGCACCUACAUCCAAAUCAUCGCCAAGUUUGUCCCCUUCACCCUGUUUAUCACCGCCACCGGCAUCUCGUUGCUGCCUUUGCUCUUCUUGUUCUUCUGGGCCAGGGAGCUUGUACGCUUCAUCUUCUGUUACCGUCAUCUAUCAUAG